AAUUUCAAUUUCAAUUUCAACUACAGGGGUAGGUGCACGAUUGACUGACCGACUCCACGCCCCUCUCUCUCUCUCUCUACUUUCUCUCUCUAAACUGAUUCGUAUAUAUGCUCUGCGAACCCCACAUUUUCUUUUCAGCUUGAGUUCUCUGAACACCAAGCUUUCCCCCACCUACCACAAGAACCCAUCUUAGAGAGAGAGAGAGAGAGAGGAGGGGAGAGCUGUUUCCUUCUCCCAUCUUAGAGAGAGAGAGAGAGAAAGUGUGUGUGUGUUAGCCCUUGAUCCCCCAAUUUUAGAUAGAGAGUCGAGUUCAAAGAAGGCCCUUUCCGAUCUCUCUGCAACUGCCAGAUUGAAAGAAACCCCAGUAACAGACAGACCGUAGAAUCCCCUUUUCUCUCUCCUCAACUUCUAGAGAGAGAAACCCCAAUCGAAAGGCACAAAUGAAGGCCAUCCCAUUAAACUCCAGCUUGCACAGCUCCGCCCUAGCCGAGCCCCAUCAUUCCCUGCAAUGUCCACUGGUGGCGCCAUCCCGCCUCCUGCAUCCCCGCCACCGCCUGCGUCCCAUCAUCCACUGCAGCAGUGUCAAUGGCGUUCACGGCGCCGCCACCCACAGCCGUGCCGCCUGGCAGAGCUCCUGCGCUAUCCUCUCGAGCAAGGUCGUCGCCGAGCAGCAGAAGGUCGAUAAAGGUACCGACAUGGUCUCCCCCGCCAUCAAUGGCCACAAGUCCCUUGACCUUGUCCCUGUCGGGAAUGCUGGCGUAAACCUCCCGAAGCCCCUCUCGAUCUCGGACCUUGCGCCCGCCCCGAUGCAUGGCUCCAGUCUGCGCGUCGCAUACCAGGGCGUCCCCGGGGCAUACAGCGAGGCCGCCGCCGGCAAGGCAUAUCCUGACUGUGAGGCGAUCCCCUGUGACCAGUUUGAGGUGGCCUUCCAGGCGGUGGAGCUUUGGCUGGCAGACCGCGCCGUGCUUCCCGUCGAGAACUCCCUCGGCGGCAGCAUCCACCGCAACUACGACCUCCUGCUCCGCCACCGCCUCCACAUCGUUGGCGAGGUCCAGUUGCCGGUCCACCACUGUCUCCUCGCCCUCCCCGGCAUCCGCAAGGAGUACCUCACCCGCGUCAUCAGCCACCCCCAGGCCCUCGCCCAGUGCGAGCACACCCUCACCAAGCUCGGCCUCUCUGUCGCCCGCGAGGCCGUCGAUGAUACCGCUGGUGCUGCAGAGUUUGUCGCCGCAAACGGCCUCCGCGACACCGCCGCAAUCGCCAGCGCCCGUGCCGCCGAGCUCUACGGCCUCUCCAUCCUCGCCGAUGGCAUCCAGGACGACUCCAGCAACGUCACCCGGUUCGUCAUGCUUGCCCGCGAGCCGAUCGUGCCCCGCACAGAUCGGCCGUUCAAGACCAGCAUCGUCUUCGCCCAUGAUAAGGGCACCUCGGUGCUCUUCAAGGUCCUCUCCGCCUUCGCCUUUCGGAACAUCAGCCUGACCAAGAUCGAGAGCCGGCCGCACCGCAACCGGCCGAUCCGGCUCGUCGACGACGCCAAUGUUGGUACUGCCAAGCACUUCGAGUACUUGUUUUAUGUGGAUUUUGAGGCCUCCAUGGCCGAUGUGAGAGCUCAGAAUGCCUUGGCCGAGGUCCAGGAAUUUACAACUUUCUUGAGGGUAUUAGGGUCAUAUCCCAUGGACAUGACCCCAUGGAUCCCAUCUCGUGAAAACUCCUAAGUCCUAAACAUGAACCAACAGAGGAGAGACAGAUAAAAAAGGUCAAAUUUGCCCUUAACACCCAACCUUCUCUCUCCACCACCUUCCCCUACAACAAGAAAACCCAAAUUUCUUAAACCUUCCAAUUCUCUCUCCUCUUUUCUCUCUCUACCCAAAUGUGUCUUAGACCCACGCAUUCUCUCUCUUUUUUCUCUCUCUAGGCCAAAAUGCGUCUUGAACCCACCAAUUUUCUCUCUCUUACCCUAAAGCCAAAUGUUUUAAAACCCUCCAAUUCUCUCUACAAAAAGCCAAAUAGGUCUCUGAAACCCACUCAUUCUCUCUCUUGGCCCAAAAUGUCUUGAACCCCUUCCCCCAAUUCUCUCUCUUCCUUCUCUCUCUUGACCUAAUCCCAAAUGUGUCUUGACCCACCAAUUUUCUCUCUCUUGAACAAAAGCCAUUUGUCCUAUACCCACCAAUUCUCUCUUCUUUCUCUCUCUAGCACCUCUUCUUUUUCCUUCGUUUUUCUUUUUUCACACUGUAAGCCUGCGUCCGAUGUGUAUGUAUUGUUUAUUUUUAUUUUUAUUUUUAUUGAGAGGGAAGGAGAUGCAUCAAAAUGUAAAUCUCAACCUAUCUUAUUUUAUUGCUUCUUUCGGUUUCAUGCAAUUCACAUAUUGGGAGUUGCAAAGCGUGGAAAGUAAAUGUGAAAUAUUGUUGUUAUAAUGCAUCAAUUUUUAUUAUUUAUUGA